CUGACCAAAGCUUUGCAGCUUACCUGAGACGCACAUGUGUUCCAAAGGUGUAUCUAUCUCUAACGCUCUAGACGAUUCGAGUCAUCCACAACAGUAUUAUCCUUCUUUGCCAAAUCCAACAAAGCCGCCAGCCUAGAUCUUCUCAACGUCGCCGCUUUGACCAGUUCGCGAACAGUAACUUCGCUCCGAAAUCGCGUACACAACUUGCGAUCACAACCCCGCGGUCAGUCUUCCACAAACACCAACGAAUCAAGAAUCAACCCAGCGAAUCGACCCCGCGAGGCGACCACAGAGUACCAUGGCGCCCGUCAAAUUCGUCCCAUUCUCUUCGGAGAUAGAACUACCGUUCUAUUCAUCGCUUUUCUCGUCCAAACUCGACCAUGACCGACUUGACGAUUCCGCCCGCGCGGUUUUGGGCGUUUACGAGCCCCGCGUGCAGGCCGAUCCCGAGGCCAGCGUGAGGAUGCAAAUACUGGGAAAUGCCCUCACAGCCAAAGAUGACGACAGCCUACCUGUUGGCACGAGUCGCGCAAAGGGGUUUAUCAAGAACGUUAACACCAUCGAAGAUUUCAACAAUGUCAACAAGACUGCCAUGAUCGAGGACAUCGGCCGGCAGAUUUGGGAUGCGAUUCAAGACGGCACAAUCUACUCAGUUCCCUCUCUACUGUCGUCCUUCGCGAUCCUUUCGUUCGCCGACCUCAAAAAGUACCGAUUUACAUAUUGGUUUGCAUUUCCGGCCCUACACUUCAAGAAACCUCUAUGGGAACGAUCUGGCGACGUUGAGCGGUUAAACUCUAGGGAAAGCGAAGCUCUAGUCGAGUCGGUUGGCACAUGGCGGUAUACUGUCAGCACGGAGAAGGAGCAUGGUUUCUUUCUUGCGAAGAAGUCACGGGGCGAGCAUGCCACAGGAAGAGGACCGGUGGACGACUCGAUGGCAGAGGAAAUAGGAUACCAGUGGCAAAUCGGGUCACUACGCGAUUUUGAGAAUGGCUUCUUCAACGACAUCCCCGAGGAGGACCGAUAUGUUGCCUUUGUGGACCCCUCAAACUACCCUGAACACCCUUCAUGGCCGUUGCGAAAUCUCCUGGUCCUGAUCUCGCAUCGAUAUCGGCUGAAGAAGGUACAGAUUCUUUGUUACCGUGAUACCCAAGCACGCAGGCACGAGGCUCGGAGCAUCAUUCUCCCGUUGUCCUUGAACCUACCCAAAGAUUUCGAUUUCGCGACGGUUCCCGACGUAACAGGCUGGGAAAGGGACGGCGGAUCGAAACUGAGGCGCCGGGUAGCCGAUCUGGCUGAGUAUAUGGACCCGACCAAGCUGGCCGAUCAAGCUGUGGACCUCAACUUGAAGCUUAUGAAGUGGCGCCUGGCACCAAAUCUGGAACUCGACACCAUCAAAAACACCAGUUGUCUCUUGCUGGGUGCUGGAACGCUUGGCAGUUAUGUGUCUAGGAAUCUCAUGGGCUGGGGCGUACGGAAGAUCACUUUUGUGGACUAUGGUGCCAUUUCAUUCUCGAAUCCUGUUAGGCAGCCAUUAUUCGAGUUUGAGGACUGUCUUCAAGGGGGCAAACCAAAGGCCUUGAAGGCGGCUGAGGCGCUCAAAAGGAUCUACCCGGGAGUGGAAGCCGAAGGGCAUGUGCUCUCGGUGCCUAUGUUGGGGCACCCAGUUACCAACGAGGCUAAGACCCGAGACGACUUCAAUAAGCUACAAGAGCUGGUCAACUCACACGAUGCCGUCUUCAUGCUCUUGGAUACCCGCGAGUCGAGGUGGUUGCCUACGCUCAUGGCCAAAUCCGCGAACAAAAUCGUCCUCAAUGCUGCGCUUGGAUUCGACACAUAUGUGGUCAUGAGACAUGGAGCCAAACCGGAAGAUGGGAGUGAAGACACUCUGGGUUGCUAUUUCUGCAACGAUGUCGUUGUUGCUGCCGAUUCCAUGAAAGACGCAACCCUGGAUCAACAAUGCACCGUCACCCGUCCCGGAGUGGCAGCUAUUGCCUCGGCUCUCCUCGUCGAGUUGUUCUCCAGCAUUCUCCAGCAUCCACAGAGGCAGCACGCCCCCGCGCCUGUUCCAUCAGCCAAUGGAGAAUAUGAACGUGACCCCCCUGAGCAUCCUUUGGGCAUCGUACCACACCAGAUCAGAGGGUUCUUGUCCUCGUUCAACAAUAUGAAUAUCCGUGGGAGGUCAUAUCCACAGUGCAGUGCUUGCUCCAAGCCAAUUCUGGAAGCUUAUGCAAAGGAUGGAUGGGGAUUCGUCAAAAAGGCCCUAGCUGAUAGGGACUAUGUUGCCGAGUUGAGUGGGCUGGCUGAGGUUCAACGACAGGCGGAAGCGGCUGCUGCAGAUGUGGAGUGGAGCGAGGAAGAAGGUGACGAUGACGGCGAGGGUAUACUACUAUGACGUUAGUAAAUGCUUUUGUAGAUACGGGCUAUACUGGCGUCUUGGUGUUAGCGGGGUUUCAUGGUUAUCCAGGGUUUAGGUCAAGUCUUUGGUCUUAUGAUAGAUGAGAUAUUAUAUGCUGUUCUGCUUGUGAUUUAUCUGAG